UCAAAUAAAUCCUUUGCUCUGUCUCCUUUCCCCAACAGUUAACUAAAAGUACGUAAACAUCUUCUCUGACAAUGGUUCCUCCAAACCAAGCUCACCAAGCUCACCAACCUCCUCGGCGAACGCAACCACAAUCGCUAACGCAAUCGCAACCUCGACCACAAGCGCUUCCGGGCAGGCGUAUGAACCCUGUCCUAUGCAUCAUCGUCGCCCUCGUCCUCUUAGGACUUCUUGUGGGUCUUGCUAUAUUGAUCACAUACCUCACCCUCAGGCCAAAGCGACUCAUCUACACGGUAGAAGCCGCGUCGGUCCAAGAUUUUGCUAUAGGAAACAAAGACGAUCACAUUACCGCCAAAUUCAGCUAUGUGAUCAAAUCAUACAACCCGGAGAAACAUGUCUCCGUAAGAUACCACUCCAUGCAUAUCUCCACGGCUCACCAUAACCAGUCGAUUGCUCACAAAGAGAUCUCUCCUUUCAAGCAACGUUCUAAGAACGAGACGAGGAUCGAGACGCAGCUUGUGUCGCAUAACGUGGCACUGUCUAAGUUCAAUGCCAAGGACUUGAGGGCUGAAAAAGCGAAAGGGACGAUCGAAAUGGAAGUGUAUAUAAGUGCUAGAGUGAGCUACAAGACGUGGAUAUUCAGGUCGAGGAGACGUACGUUGAAGGCUGUGUGUACGCCGAUUAUGAUCAACGUUACGGCGAGCUCCUUGGAUGGAUUCCAGAGAGUGUUAUGCCGAACUCGUCUUUAGUUUGAACUAUUAUCAUCUUGCAUUGGUUCCAAUUUGUGUGAAAAUUUGCUAUGUGCCCUUGAUUGAUUGAGUGUGUGUGUGUGUUUUUCUUUCAAACUUUCUUCUUUUGGUUUUGUUCUUGCCAGUCAUUCCAAUUGUCUUUUCAUAAUUAAUUAUUCUUUUUUUUUUCUUUUGGGUUAAAAUGCUCUACAUAUUCUUUUUUAUUGCUCCGUAAUAUUCAAUUUGUUGGAAUAUGGAUUUUAUAUUGAUUCAAUAAUAUUUGUAACUUUAUUGAAA